CCAACUGAAGCCUAGAGCCCUGCUAAAGAUCUGUCAUAUCUUCUCUCUCUUCUCUCCUCUCUCUUCUCUCCUUUUGAACCAAAAGCUCAACCGCUGAAACAAUUCAGUAAAAUUUGCCGAAACAAUUUUCAAUCUCCGUUCUUACAGUAGUUCUUUCCUUCCACGGCCAUCGGAGCUGCUUUUUCUGGAGCUUCUUCCACUGGAAACUUCCAGAGAUCAGACUUCUGAAUAUUUUUCUUGGAACUUUGAAGACUUCGGUAACUCUGCAACAAAUUCGAAGGGCAGGAAAAUCGGGAAGCUCUGAGCCGGUCAUACUUGUAAAAUUUCUUUAGGGGAGCCGCCCCUGCUGCCUUCAUUUUCAUUAAAUUUUUAUUUGCACUUUUGCUAAUAGGAAUCGGGUGGCUAUUUGGGAUGUUGAGUUACGAUAUUUUGAUUAUUGACUGGUAGCGGUGUUGGAUUUUAAAGCUUGAGGUCCAUCUUCUGGAUGGUAAAUGAGAGAUUGGCGAAACAGUGGGCUGUGCCAGUGAAUAUUUAAGAAGUAGACUCUGUCUUGUUCCAUAUGAUGGCGACUUCAUCUGAAAGGUGGAUAGAUCGUCUCCAGUUUUCGUCCUUGUUUUGGACACCACCUCUAGACGAGCAACAAAGACAGGCUGAAAUCACUACUUAUGUUGAGUGCUUGGGUCAGUUCACAUCCGAACAAUUUCCAGAGGAUAUUGCUGAGCUAAUUCGUAGCCAUUAUCCAUGGAAAGAAAAGCGCCUUAUAGAUGAUGUUUUGGCAACGUUUGUCCUUCAUCAUCCGGAACAUGGGCAUGCUGUUAUUCUUCCAAUUAUUUCUUGUAUUAUUGAUGGUACAAUGGCGUACUGCAAGAGCGGUUCUCCCUUCUCGUCUUUCAUAUCCUUAUUCUGCCCUGACGCAGAGCAUGAUUAUUCUGAACAGUGGGCUCUGGCAUGUGGUGAGAUCUUGAGAAUUUUGACUCAUUAUAAUCGCCCCAUAUAUAAGACGGAACAACAGAAUAUGGAAGGAGAAAGAAGUGGUGAGAACAAUGCGACAACUAGUGACUCAAGUAAUGUGCCACCAAGCCAGACACCUUUGAGUCAGGACAGAAAGCCCUUAAGGCCCCUAUCUCCAUGGAUUACUGACAUGUUGCUUGCGGCACCUCUAGGCAUCAGAAGCGACUACUUCCGCUGGUGCAGUGGGGUUAUGGGUAAAUAUGCAGCUGGAGAGCUAAAACCGCCUACAACUGCUACAUCUCGUGGAUCUGGAAAGCAUCCGCAACUUGUGCCUUCAACUCCAAGAUGGGCUGUGGCUAAUGGUGCUGGCGUUAUAUUAAGUGUAUGUGAUGAAGAAGUUGCUCGUUAUGAGACUGCCACUUUAACGGCAGCAGCUGUUCCUGCACUUCUACUUCCACCGCCAACAACAGCUUUGGACGAGCAUUUAGUUGCUGGGCUACCUGCCCUUGAGCCUUAUGCACGUUUAUUUCACAGGUAUUAUGCUAUUGCUACUCCAAGUGCUACUCAAAGACUUCUUCUUGGGCUGUUAGAAGCACCUCCUUCAUGGGCUCCUGAUGCACUUGAUGCAGCUGUUCAGCUUGUAGAACUCCUUCGGGCUGCUGAAGACUACGCAUCUGGAAUAAGACUUCCUAGGAACUGGAUGCAGUUGCAUUUCUUGCGUGCCAUAGGAACUGCAAUGUCCAUGCGAGUAGGUAUUGCUGCUGAUGCUGCAGCAGCUUUACUUUUCCGCGUGCUCUCCCAACCUGCAUUGCUUUUUCCUCCUUUGAGGCAAGUUGAGGGAGUUGAAAUUCAACACGAACCAUUGGGUGAUUAUAUAUCGUCGUAUCGGAGACAGAUAGAAGUUCCAGCAGCUGAAGCAACUAUUGAGGCAACUGCCCAAGGGAUAGCAUCCAUGCUUUGUUCCCAUGGCCUGGAAGUUGAAUGGAGAAUCUGUACCAUCUGGGAAGCUGCUUAUGGCUUGAUUCCAUUAAGUUCUUCUGCAGUUGAUCUUCCAGAAAUUGUCGUAGCAACGCCACUACAACCUCCCUUAUUAUCAUGGACUUUGUAUAUACCACUCCUUAAGGUCCUUGAAUAUCUUCCUCGUGGCAGUCCAUCCGAAGCAUGUCUGAUGAAGAUAUUUGUUGCUACCGUAGAAGCAAUUCUCCAAAGAGCAUUUCCAUCCGAGUCUCCUGCAGAGCGUACAAGGAAUCCCAAAUAUCUUUCUGGAAUUGGCUCUGCCUCUAAAAACCUUUCUUUAUCGGAGCUCCGGAUGAUGGUUCACUCCCUUUUCUUAGAAUCAUGUGCUUCUGAAGAACUUGCAUCACGCUUACUUUUCAUUGUGUUGACGGUUUGUGUUAGUCACGAAGCUCAAUCAAAUGGAAGAAAGAAAAGAAGAAGUAAUAGUAGUAACUUUCAGGAAGAAAGGAUCGAAGAAAGGAUCGAGUCAAAUCAUGACAUGUCCAGAGAAAGAAGAGGAACAAAAUGUAGGAUGAAUAAACAAGGACCUGUAGCAGCUUUUGAUUCUUAUGUUCUUGCUGCUGUUUGCGCUCUUUCUUGUGAACUGCAGCUGUUUCCAUUGAUGUCACGGGGAAGUAAGAAUUUGAAUUUUAAAGGUUUGCAAGAUAUUGCCAAGUUGGUCAAAAUAAAUGGAUCUUCUUUUGAACUUCAAAAUAGCAUUGACUCAGCAAUUCGUCACACUCACAGAAUCUUAACAAUUUUGGAGGCUCUCUUUUCUCUGAAGCCUUCAUCUGUUGGGACAUCCUGGAGUUACAGUUCAAAUGAAAUAGUUGCUGCAGCUAUGGUUGCUGCUCAUAUUUCAGAACUAUUUAGACGGUCAAGAGCUUGCAUGCAUGCCCUCUCUGUUUUGAUGCGAUGUAAGUGGGACGACGAAAUUUACACACGGGCUUCAUCACUAUACAACCUCAUUGAUAUUCAUAGCAAAGCUGUUGCAUCUAUUGUCAAUAGGGCCGAGCCGUUAGAAGUGCACUUAGUGUCUCCACCAAUUUCCAAAUACUCCCGUGUGUCUUCCUCGGGCAGAAAGGCAACUCAAAAUGAAGACCAUGUCUACUUUGAGACUGGACAGCAAUCCAUUCCCAAAUGUGAAGAGUCAUGCCAUGUUGGAGCAAAACUUGCAUUUGAAAGAGCAUCAGAUUCAAAUGUAGACCUGGAAAAUACAUUGGGCAAACGUAUAGCGAGUUUCCAGUUAGAUGCUUCUGAACUAGCAAAUUUUCUCACGAUCGAUAGGCAUAUAGGAUUGAAUGGCUGUGCACAAAUUCUUUUGAGAUCGGUGCUCGCAGAGAAGCAAGAGUUAUGUUUCUCUGUCGUUUCACUUCUAUGGCACAAGUUAAUUGUGACACCCGAAAUUCAACCUAGUGCAGAAGGCACAUCUGCCCAACAGGGAUGGAGACAGGUAGUCGAUGCACUAUGCAAUGUUGUAUCUGCAUCCCCAGCAAAAGCAGCCGCAGCUGUUGUGCUCCAGGCUGAUAGGGAAUUCCAGCCUUGGAUUGCUAAGGAUGAUAGUCAAGGGCAGAAGAUGAGGAAAAUCAACCAGCGGAUCAUCAAAUUAAUUGUUGAACUCAUGAGAAAUCAUGAUACACCGGAAUCUUUGGUAACUUUAGCAAGUGCAUCCGACCUUCUUUUACGUGCUACAGAUGGAAUGCUAGUUGACGGAGAAGCUUGCACUUUGCCCCAACUGGAGCUCCUAGAAGCAACUGCUCGAGCAAUUCGACCUGUGCUGGAGUGGGGAGAAUCUGGGUUGUCCAUCGCCGAUGGUCUUGCAAACCUUUUGAAGUGUCGUCUACCAGCCACGGUUUGGUGCCUUUCCCAUCCAAGUGCACACGUCCGUACUUUGAGUACAUCGGUUCUUCGCAAUAUUUUGCAAACCGGUUCAGAUGUUUGUAGAUCUUUACCAAAGAACAUGAAUGGUGUCCACAGUCCAUCUUUUCAGUACUUCAAUACGGAAGCCAUUAACUGGAAAGCUGACCUAGAAAAGUGCUUAUCAUGGGAAGCUCAUAGUCGACUCGUAACCGGAAUGUCCAUUGAUGUUCUUCAUGUUGCUGCCAAGGAAUUAGGCUGCUCUAUUUCUUUGUGAAAGUUACUAGCUAUUGGCAGCUCGGAUGACAGGCUGAGAGGCUUACAUAGAUAAAUAGUAAGUAUUGAUUGAUUAGAAAGAAACGGGUUUUUCGUAUUAGCUACUAAGCUUUCUCUUCUCACUCUGUUUGGUAAGUAAAACCUCAUAAUGUCAUAAUAGUUCCUUAUUCUGGCCAGAGGUUGUUACUUUUUCAUGUGAAGAGAUGAUCAUGUACAGUAACGCUAUGACAGGGCAACAAGUCUCACCUAUCUUGUUUUCUAGUUAUGUCGGUUUUGUACGUUAUAAACCCGUAUUGUUUCAGUGAUUGGUCUAGCACAUGUAAUUUGAAUCUUCUUACAUCAAAUGAAUUAGAGUAGCUUGAACUUGCCAGAGUUCCAUCUCUAUUAUAUUUCAUGUUUCUUCAGGUAAGUGCAUCUGUUCCCUCCAUUUGACUCCUAAUCGACCUCAACCUGGUCGGUUUUGCAGCUAUGGAAAAUAAGAUUUUUAAGGUCAUAUUUUGUUUUGUCAUUAUCAGUGUUGGUGUCGGUGUUCGUGUCAUUUGAUAGUUUGGUCAUAACAGUUAAUCUCCGGUUUAUGUUUUCUUGGAACUGUAAUCUAACCCCAACAUUCAGUGACCCUUUCUUUUCCGAGUCGAGGCGGUGCUUCUACCAUCAGCCAAAAGCAUGCAGUGUGAUCGAGAUUAUUGAUCGGGGAGGCUCGAAACACAACGAGGGCCACUAUGUAUGCAAACAGGUAUUACCAAUGUGCUGAAGGCUUAUGAGAUACGAAGAGAGUACUGGUGGUUGGAGUUCUGGCUUUGAUGACAAUCAAUUACAAUAUUGCAAGAACUUGUGGUGCAGAUUCCCCGGCGAGCAGCAGAGAUUGUGAAACAGAUUGAGAUUCCCCUGCUGGAGAUACGCCGACGAGCCAGAACAGAGCUGGCGCUGGGAAUCGAGAGUGUUGGCUGCUGGGAGGAGAUUGGAAAGCACAGUUCUAAAGUCGUGUCGAAUUGGGGGUUGCUUAAUUCAGCUUGCAUUUUCUUAUCCAUGGCGGUCAAAAAAGGGGUUUGAAAGGAGAGAAAAUUGAAGGGCUGGGCUUUAGAGCUGAAGGAGGAUGGGAUACAACUGGAAGAGAAAGGAAUAGAGAGGGGAAGACAAUAAAUAAAGAAAACUGAGUACAAUGGGUAUGUAUGUUAAAGUAAAUUUGUGAUUAAUGAUAUGGUUAACAGUUGGUUGGAUAA